UAGAAACACAGGAUCAAGUUAAAUAAAGAUUUGAAGACAAAGGGAAUAAAUAAAAUAAAUAAAAUAAAAAUGCUAGUGAAUUAUAAUUCAAAUUUGCACUCAAACAUUCAAAGUCAAAUUAAGUAUUAAAAUAUAAUUUUUUUUAAAAAUAACCAACUACAAUAUAUUAUUUAUUCAACAUUUAAUUAAUAGAGUAGUUACAAAUGAAUAUAACGAGAGUGAGUAAUUAUUUGAAAACAACAAAAGUGAAAUACAUUUGAAAUAUAUUUUUAAUCGACCUUUUAAAAGGCUUCCAAGGCUGCAGAGAAGGGGCAUCACUACAAAAUCAAAAUUUCUUUAAUUAAAAUCAUGACGCAAACAAUUAAUUUGCAAUCAUCUAAAGUUGGAUUCAUUGGCGGGGGAAAUAUGGCACGUGCUAUUGGAAUAGCUUUGAUUAAAAAGAAUAUUUUAAAUCCAAAGAAUAUUUGGAUAUCGGCGCGAACACGAGAAACUCUUCAAAUGUGGAAUGAAUUGACUUCGGAAAAUCCAGUCAAUACAACAUUAAAUAACGCUGAUAUUAUUAUUAAUAGUGAUAUUAUUUUCUUGGCAAUUAAACCACAGUCACUUGUAGUCGCUAUUGACGAUGCGAAGAAAGCUGCGGAAGGACGUAAUUUAAUGCUGGAAAAUAAGUUAUUUGUAUCAGUACUCGCUGGUGUUACUCUUGAUACUUUAGAAAAAGAAAUUCAAACGCAUUUAGGAUCACAAGUUCCUCUGAAAAUUAUAAGAACUAUGCCAAAUACUCCGUUAAGUAUUGGAGAAGGAAUAACAGUAUACUCUCGCAAUGCUCAAGUAUCUGAGAGUGAUGCUCUGCCGUUAGUAAAAAUGUUGUCUCAAAUCGGUAUUAUUGAAGAAAUUCCUGAGAAUUUAAUAAACGCAGCUGGUGGAUUGGCAGGAUCAGGUCCUGCUUAUGCUUACCUGAUGGUUGAAGGAUUAGCUGAUGGUGGUGUUAAAAAUGGUUUGCCUCGUGCAUUAGCGACAAAAUUUGCCGCGCAAGUAUUAGCUGGUGCAGGAAAAAUGGUAUUACAAACUGGAAAACAUCCAGGGCAACUUAAAGACGAAGUUUGCUCCCCAGGAGGUACAACUAUUACAGGAAUGCACGCAUUAGAAACUGGAGCUGUCAGAGCAUCAUUGAUUAAUGCCGUUGAAGCUGCAGUUAAAAGAUCUAAAGAACUUGGAGCUUAAAUUUAACGCAGGAUCGAUAAUAAAAUUUAAGAAAUAUAAAAUAACAUCAUAUUAACCGGAAGUGUGAAGGCAUUUUUGAAGUAUUUAAAUUUAUACAAAAAUUAUUAACAAUUUUGAUAGCUGAAUUUUUUUUUUAUAUUUCAUAUUUACAAUAAUAUUUAUUAUGAAGGCAUGACUGAAAAGUAUUUUUAACUUUACGUAUUUUAACGUUAUAAAAAUUUAAAUCGUAUUUACGAUUUUGUACAAUUCUUAUAAAUAAAUAAAUGAUAAUUAUUUAC